UCUUAUGAGAGGGAGACGUGAUUGAAUUGAAUCUCCUUUCUCUAUAAGAAGACCACCAACCUCUUUUCUUUGAAACCUAUUAUCGUCAGCGGUGAGAUAAUAUUACAACACCUGUCCUAAUCCUAAAGAUCAAAGCUUUCCACCUUUUUACACGAGUUAGGUUCCUGCAUCCAUCCAUCUUCCAGCAACCGAGUUACUGAAUUGACCUGAAAGGUUUUGGAAUUGAAUCCCAAAGGUUUUAGUUUUGAUGGGGACAGGGAAUUCAAAGGAUAACUGGAGACAGGAGUCUUCAUCAUCAUCAUCUAGGUCGGCUUCAGCUUCAGCAUCAUCACCAUCAUCCUCUGCAUGGGCUACUCAUCAAAGCUAUCCUCCAUAUGGUCCUGAAAGCUAUACCUAUCCUCCUCCUCCUUCCUAUGCUCCUCCACCUCCCACCGACUAUACACACCCUCCUCAUACACCUUCUUAUAGUACUCACCCGCCUUCUCAAACCCAUGGCAAUGCUAACAAGAAGAGGUUGGAGCGCAAGUACUCUAAAAUCUCUGAUGACUACUCCUCUUUGGAGCAGGUGACGGAGGCUCUUGCGCGUGCAGGUCUAGAAUCUUCGAACCUCAUUGUUGGUAUCGAUUUCACUAAGAGCAAUGAAUGGACAGGAGCAAGGUCCUUCAAUAGGAAAAGCCUACACUUCAUAGGCAAUAAUAACAAUCCCAAUCCUUAUGAACAGGCCAUAACCAUCAUAGGAAGAACCUUAGCCGCCUUUGACGAGGACAACUUGAUCCCGUGUUACGGCUUUGGAGAUGCAUCAACUCAUGAUCAAGACGUCUUCAGUUUCAAUCCUGAUGAUAGGUUCUGUAAUGGGUUUGAGGAAGUACUUGGUCGUUAUAAAGAGAUCGUCCCUCAGCUUAAGCUCGCAGGGCCAACCUCGUUUGCUCCCAUCAUUGAUAUGGCCAUGACCAUUGUCGAGCAGAGUGGUGGUCAGUAUCACGUCUUAGUGAUAAUAGCAGAUGGGCAGGUUACAAGAAGCGUUGACACUGAAAAUGGACAGCUAAGUCCGCAAGAACAGAAGACUGUGGAUGCUAUCGUGCAAGCAAGUAAGCUUCCUCUAUCAAUCGUCUUAGUCGGGGUCGGGGAUGGACCAUGGGACAUGAUGAGGGAGUUUGACGAUAACAUUCCCUCCAGAGCUUUUGAUAACUUCCAAUUUGUGAACUUCACAGAGAUCAUGUCAAAGAACAAAGCUCAGUCCUUUAAAGAAACAGAGUUUGCUCUUUCUGCUCUCAUGGAGAUUCCUCAACAAUACAAGGCGACAUUAGAGCUUAACCUUUUAGGAAGAAGAAAUGGGUAUAUACCGGAACGAUUCCCUCUUCCACCUCCAGUGCAUGGUGGAUACAACAAGCCAAAGCCUACUCGUGUUCCAAGUUUCAAACCUAGUGUCCCUCCUUAUCCAACUGAAAGUUAUCCAGUAAGGUCUAGUCCUGCACCACCAGCUACAACCUCUGCUUCUGAUAACCAGCUAUGUCCGAUUUGUCUGAGCAGUCCUAAAGACAUGGCCUUUGGCUGUGGCCAUCAGACUUGUUGCGAGUGUGGACCGGAUCUUCAAAUGUGUCCGAUUUGCCGUGCACCAAUCCAUACAAGAAUAAAGCUCUACUAGCAAGCAAGUAGACCGAGAUCCACAACCCUUUGUCUCUUGUCCAUCUUCUUUAUGUAAAAAGAAAAGUUAUACGUUAGUUUUUGUUCGUUGAUUCACUUUCAUGUUCCAAAAUAUUUGAAUUCUUUCAUUCUUCUUUGCUUGGAGUAAAUGUUGUUGUCAAUGUGUGAUCCUAAGUCUCACCAUCGUUUGUUUUUCUGCUCUUUUGAUGAUUGUUUUCUGAUAAAUUUGAUUCUUGAAAUUGGUUUGUAGUGACGGUUUCCACUACUCAA